AUGGCUACCCCCAGUGUCCUUACCUUUGAUACUGAUGGUCGUGCAGUUGACUUUGAGGUCUGGGUCGAUGACCUCCAGCUGAUCUUACAGUGCGAAAGGGCAGACGGGCUCUCCCUGUUCGAUCUCACCUCUCGUGUCUCUCCUGCCCCGCCUGCUACUGCUGACAGCACUGUUCGCUCACAGUGGGCCAUGCGCGAUGCUGCUGCACGUCUUGCUGUGCUCAGGGACCACUUCCUUUCAGUUUGCCCCACCACACUCACCGUUGACCUCCUCGAGGAGCGCCUCCUGGCAGCAGAGAAGAGCAUAGUCGCUGUAGGAGCUUCUCGUGGUGACCCUCGUACCCCCGUCUUUGAGGGGUGUUCUCCCUCCCCCCUCUUGCCCUCUGUUGCUUCUGCUACUGCGGGCGACCUCGUUGGCUUCGAGUCGGUCGACGCUGUGUCUGCCCCUAGCGGGAAACGCCGCACCGGCAAGGGCAAGGGCGGCAAGGGCGUUGGAGGGGCUGAUGGGGGCGGUGGAGGUGGUGGUGGAGGCAGUGGAGGGGGAGGGGUUGGUGGUGGGAGUGGUGGCGGGGGUGGAGGUGUUGGUGGCAGCAGUGGAGGCGGAGGAGUCGGCGGUGGUGGAGGAGGGAGCGGAGGCGGCGGAGGUGGCGGAGGCGGCGGAGGCAGCGGUGGAGCUGGUCACGGCUCUGCGCAGAGGAGUGGCUCCGGUUGUGGUCCGGCAAGGGUUGCGAUCUUUGAUCUUGACUAUGAUGCUAUUCUUGCUGCCAUGUAUGUUGUGUCUACUAGUGAUGAGGGUGACUGUUACCUGUGCGUUCCACCUGACCCGGGCAUUGAGGCUGCUGCUCUAGGUGCUGGUGAGGCUGCUGCUCUAGGUGCUAGUGCGUCUGCUGCCCCAGGUGCUGGUGAGUCUACUUUCUCAGGUACCACGUCGGCUCAGGCGUUGCACACCUUCACCCUUAACUCGGGUGCUUCCCGCUCCUUCUUUCGAGACCGCACCACGCUUACGCCACUUAAUCGGCCGGUUGCGGUCUCUCUGGCGGACCCCUCUGGGGGUCCUGUCCUUGCUAGCUUCUCCACUGUCUUACCGUGUCCGGCAGCCCCCUCUGGCACCCUGUCAGGUCUCUACCUCCCCUCGUGCUCUACGAACUUGGUGAGUGGAGCUAAUCUACAGGAUCGGGGGGUUGACCAGUUCACGCCUGCAAGUCAGCGGGUGACCCACUGUACAUGUGCUCGGACGGGCCGACACUUGGCCACGUUUACCCUUCAGCCGCAGUCGAGCCUGUACACACUGAGCACUGAGUCUCCUCUGUGA